AUGUGCCCCCGCACCGACGCCUGCCCGGACCCCGAGGCCCAGCGGCCGCCCGCGCCCCCCGGCAGCGCCUGCCGCCCGCUGCCCUGGGCCCUGAGCGCCGCGCUGUUGCUGCUCGCCGGCACCGGCGCCGCCUGCGCGCUCCGCUGGGCCGCGCCCCGGGCCCCCGCCGUGCCCGGCCCCGGGCGCCCCGAGCUCCCCGAGCUCCUGCCCGACGCCCGCGCCCGCCUCCCCGACUCUCCGCAGGGCGUGUUCGCGCAGCUGGUGGCCCGAGAUGUGAGGCUGACCGAAGGGCCCCUGCACUGGUACAGUGACCCGGGCCUGGCAGGCGUGUUCCUGGGGCCGGGCCUGAGUUACGACAAGCACACUGGGGAGCUGAUGGUGGCCGAACCCGGGGUCUACUAUGUUUUCCUGCACCUGAAGCUGCAGCGGGUGGUGUCCCACGAAGGCUCCGGCUCAGUCUCCGCUGCCCUGCAUCUGCGACCGCUUGGUGCCGCGGCUGCAGCCCCGGCUCUGACCUUGGACCUGCCUCCUCCAUCCUCAGAGGCCCGUGACUCCGCAGCUGGUUUCCAGGGCAGCCUGCUGCACCUGGGCGCCGGCCAGCGCCUGGGUGUUCACCUGCGGGCUGAGGCGGGGGUACACCUCGCCUGGCAGCUCGCACAGGGUGCCACCAUCUUGGGCCUCUUCAGAGUGGCCACCAAAGUCCCCACUGGACUCCCCUCCUCGUGGCCCACUGACACGGGGCCUGGCUCCGGGCCCCUGGACCGAGAAUGA